GGAUGUACGCACAAAGCACCGCGAGCAGAGUGCUCCCUGCGAGGAGGGAAAAGGUGUGUCCUCCACCACCCAAUUAGAGUGAGCGACAUAGCCCAGUUAGGAAACCCCAAGCAGGAGCCUAUAAAUCCCUGUGGGGGCUGCCGGGACAUCACAGCCGGUGAAAGUCUGGCCUGGCAGCCUUCCCCAGCCAGGCAAGAAGCAGCAAGGCUCGAGAAUACAGAAUCCCAGGGUGAUGUUGGCCAGAGCUUCUCUCUGGGGCUCCUGCUGUGUAAAUAGAGACAGAGGAUUGGCCUGUCCUUCCCAGUCCCGCGCUGGGUCCCGACUGCGGCUCCAAGGGUCCCGAGCGCUGUGGAAGUUGGUGCGGACAAUGUUUAUCUUGCUGGUGUUAGUGACCAGGGUUUCUGCUUUCACCACUCCAGCAGUGGUGCACACAGGAAGGGUUUCUGAAUCUCCCAUUUCUUCAGGGAAGCACACAGUCCAUGGAGACAACUGCCGGUUUCGUGGCAGAGAGUCCAAAUCUGAAUUGAGGCUGGAAGGCGAGCCCGUGGUUCUGAGGUGCCCCCUGGUACCUUAUUCAGACGCCUCCAGCAGUUCCCACGGCCUUCUGACCUGGAGUAAACUGGACUCUUCUCAGCUGAUCCCGGGAGAUGAGCCAAGGAUGUGGGUGAAGGGUGACAUGCUCUGGGUCCUGCCAGCAGAGCAGCGAGACUCUGGUACCUACAUGUGCACGCUCAGAAAUGCAUCCCACUGUGAGCAAAUGUCCCUGGAACUCAAGGUCUUUAAGAAUACCGAAGCGUCUCUGCCUCUUGUCUCCUACUUGCAAAUCUCAGCUCUCUCGGCCACUGGUUUACUAGUGUGCCCUGACCUGAAAGAAUUCAUGCCCAGCAAAGCUGAUGGAAACAUAGAGUGGUACAAGGGCUCCAUACACUUGGAUAAAGGGAAUAAGAAAUUUCUGAGUGCAGGAGACCCCACACACCUAUUGAUAUCCAACACAUCCAUGGAAGAUGCAGGCUAUUACAGAUGCGUUAUGAAAUUUACCUACAAUGGCAAGGAAUACAACAUCACUAGGAAUAUUGAACUCCGGGUCAAAGGAACAACUACGGAACCCAUCCCUGUGAUCAUUUCUCCCCUGGAGACAAUACCAGCAUCUCUGGGGUCAAGACUGAUAGUCCCAUGCAAGGUGUUUCUGGGAACUGGUCCGUCUUCCAGCACCAUUGUGCUGUGGAUGGCUAACAGCACUUUUAUCUCAGUGGCUUACCCGAGAGGCCGUGUGACCGAGGGGCUACACCAUGAAUACUCAGAGAAUGAUGAGAACUAUGUGGAAGUGUCGCUGAUUUUUGAUCCGGUCACAAGGGAGGAUCUGAAUACAGAUUUUAAAUGUGUUGCCUCGAAUCCACGGAGUUCUCAGUCACUCCAUACCACAGUCAAAGAAGUCUCUUCUGCGUUCUCCUGGGGCAUUGCGCUGGCACCUCUGUCUCUCAUCAUCUUGGUUGUGGGGGCAAUAUGGAUGCGCAGACGGUGUAAACACAGGGCUGGAAAGACAUACGGGCUGACCAAGCUACAGACUGACAACCAGAACUUCCCUUCCAGCCCAAACCAAAUAAAGGAAAUGAAAUAAUA